AUGGGAAUACGGCAGCACGACGUGCAGUCGGCAUUAACGCAGUACAUGCUUCGCCAUUUCCCUGAGGAGGUCGUACUGCUGCCCAGUGGCCUCCUGGCCCGACGCAUGCUGCGUACCCCUGUCGCACCUCCCGAAGCCUCGACUUCGGGAUUGGGAGCUGCACCAACAAACGCCGACGUACCGCUUGCUAGUGGCGAUGCCGCGUUGCCCAGCGCUGGGAGUACUGCCACACCUCUCGACGGCUCUAAAGUAACGGGGUCGUUUCCAGCGACCCCAGGACAACAAACCUCGGCUCCGAAUGUGCAGUCACCUCUGCCACCUCUUUCAUCAUGCUCGAGCGCCUCAGUGCCGCACAGUUCGCUAAACACCCCUGCGACACACGCGGACAGGAUGGCUCCGCCACCCCCACCUACGCCACAGGGCAAUAACUGGCGCUACGGCAGUGGUGGCACAGGGGCAACUAUGGCUGGUGGGGGGCUGCUUGCGCCGCGAGCCACCUUUGGUGGAGCAAGUGCUUCCAAUUCGCUCCCAAGCCUCGCCUCUGCGGGCGCUGCAGCGGUGAGCGAGCCAGAGUCCAGCACCCCUGCACCUCUACGGUCGACGCUGCAGGUAAUGGAGGCUCUCGUGCCGUAUAUCCCUACCUUUUUUGUGUCCAUCGAAGCCAUUGAGCCGACGUUGCCGACGGAGAUCCAGCGACUGUACGACGAGACCUCCUUUCGCUUUUAUCUGAAGCGGUUCAGACACUACAUCGACACCCGCGCUGCUCACGGGUCGGUGGAGAUCAGACUGAGGCCCGAUUUUGACCACCCACAGCGCGGGCAUGCCGACGCGCGCUUUGCUGUUGGCGGAUUCAGCGGCCUGGGCGGUAGUCAGUGCGGAGCACAGCCGCUGCGGCGUCCACCGCGGAACUCGGAGGCGAACCUGAUUGGCCUGGUGGCGCCGCAGAUACCAAAGGAGUACACCCCGCUGGCGGACGUCCUGCAGGACGUUGCCCCCAUUGUCUCGCGUCACCCUGCCUUUGAUCCUCGACUCGGGGUGACUGGGCUGCUCGGCAAGUACCCGGAGUACUUCCAGAUGGCGCACGGGAAGCUCCGCGCGCGUCCGUACCGCGUCGCGCCCAACUCGCUGGACGACCUGGACGCCUCGACGUCUCCGCUGCCGAGCGUCUUUGCCAAAGUGUUGGCGCUCGUGGCGGAGGCAGCGGUGGGCAAGGACUACCGCGUCUCGGAGGAAAAGGCGGCGGCGGCUGUGUCAACCGUUCGCCUCUACAGUCUCCUCACGCAGGCGGAGAAGGUGGAGGUGAAGGCGCAGUGUCGCUCCUUCCCAACGUUUCUGCGUAUGCAUGGCAAAGAGAUCGUUGUCUCGGCAGAUAAGAUGAAGGUGUACAAGUUCUUGCCAGAGUAUGAGGCGUGUGUGGACACCCUGUUGGAUGAGCGGCUGCGUAUCAACUCUCUACGGCCGGAUGAUCCAGUACUGAAGAUCCCGGCGGAGAUGGCGCCGGAGUCGAACGCAGACUGGGCUGUGCGGGAGCUCUACGAUGCCCUGCCUCUCAUGCAGUGCGUAGAGCUGGAGGAAGUUCUGAGCUUGGUCCCACCGGCGGUCCGGGAUGCCCUGCCGUGCGAUUUGGGAGCUGUGCAGGCUGUGUUGGACAACUACCCGGAGUACUUCACCACCUGGCCCUACCCUGACGACCCCUCUAUUAUCGUGGUGCAGCGCGCGAAAGUGGAGCAGCCAAGUUUGGAGAAGGCCGACAUCGUGCGGAUGGUGCUGCCGCUGAUCCCACAGGGCGGGACGACGCUAGCGUCGCUGCAAACUCGUGUGCCACUGGCGCUGCAGCGGUACUUCGCCCGCCACGGCACGGUGUCAACGCUCAGCGCCAUGAAGGAUGUAUUCAUCAUCUCUGGCGACCGAAUUGUGCGGUUGGUGUAG